AUGGGGAAAAUGCUCUCAUUCAUGCUGCACGACAAGGACCCUUUGGUACUGCAUCAAGUGAUGCUGCAGCUAAUACCACUAACCCGGACUCUGCAUCCGAUUGGGAAGAGCAUGUUGUUGGUGAUGGGAGAAGAUACGACUACAACAAGACUCAAAGCAAUUUUGGCAAGGUUUAGGCUCAGUUUAAAUGCAGGAAAUGAGAAAAGAGAAAUAGCUUUGGGAAGAAAUAUUCAUACCUCGUGUCUUGAAGUCACGGAGCCAGAAGAUGAUGAUGACAUUGCUGGGGAUCGUGAUGCUCAUAUGGCAAGUGUGUUGGCCAGAUACAGAAAAUCUUUAACUGAAAGGACAAAUUGUGUGGUUUCUGGUGAUGCAGGACCGGUUGCUGCAAUCCGAAUGCCAAUACUACGGGUUUGUAAUUUCAAAGGAGGAACACCUGAGCUAACUCAGGCGUGUUAUGCAAUAUUGGUCUUGAUUUUUCCCGCCGGAGAGCCUAGAUCUUGGAGCAAUCAGGAGCUGGAGAUAAUUAAGGUGGUUGCUGAUCAAGUUGCUGUAGCUCUAUUCCAUGCUGCAAUUCUUGAAGAGUCUCAACUUAUGAGAGAGAAGUUGGGGAAACGCAAUCGAGCUUUGCAACAGGCGAGAAGGAACGCUAUGAUGGCAAGCCAAACAAUACCAACUGAAGGAACCGGUUUCAACUCACUCUCCCUAACCUGCAACAGAAACACAGGUUCAUGGUAUAGUUAA